AUAAUUUUUUGUUUCAGGGAAUAGUAAGACAAAUAGAUGUGUAAAUAUGACUAAUGGAGCUAUAAGUCAAUGAAACAAAUGUGGUAUACAAUCAAAUGGCUGUUUUUAGUUGGGGAAACAAUUUCUUUGGACAGUUAGGAUUAGUUAAUGAUCCUGAAAAUGAAGAUGCAUGUGUUUCUCUUCCCACACUUGUGAAAUCUUCAUUAGAGGUAAAAAAUAUUUCCUGUGGAUGGAAUCACACAUUGUUUUUGAUGAAAAAUGGAUCUGUGUAUUCAUGUGGUUUAAAUGAUCAAGGUCAACUAGGACUCGCAAAAGCUGAAAUAGCAAUUCCUGAGAAAAUUACAGCGUUGGAAUCACACUUUAUUAAACAUGCAAGCUGCGGUGAGGCACACAGUGUGAUUAUUAGUGAAGAUGGACAAAUGUUUACAUUCGGUGAUAAUAGUAAAGGUCAGCUUGGUUCUGAAAAGCAAUCAGAAUCAGUACCCAGGCUAGUAAAGAAUAUACCUUUCAACACAUUUAUCACUCAAGUGUCAUGUGGAAAACAUCAUACAGUGGCAUUAAGCUCAGGUGGUGUUAUUUUCUCGUGGGGUGGUAAUGAGUUUGGACAACUUGGAACAGGGGUUAAGGGUGACAAGAAUACCUCACCUACUAUCGUGCAAUCUCUGUUAAAUUGUCCUGUAAUUCAAGUAGUUGCUGGUGGAUGCCAUACAAUGUCACUAACUAUAUCUGGUUCACUGUUUGCUUGGGGCUGUAAUAACUCUGGUCAAUUGGGCUUGGGAGAUAAUAAAGCGAGACUUUCACCAACAAAAGUGCAACUGCUUUGUGAUGAAAGUGUUCGCCAUGUAGCUCUUGGUGAACACCAUACAGUUGUACUCGCCGCGAAUCAAAGAGUUUUUACUUUUGGGGCUGGUACGUCUGGCCAACUUGGACAUUAUUGUUUUGAGGAUGAGUGGAACCCGAAAGUGGUGGCUGAAUUGAUGGGCAUGGAAAUUUCACAUGUUGCCUGUGGCAGGAAACAUACGUUUGCUUUUUCUGCAAAACUUGGUCGGUUAUUUGCAUUUGGUCUUAGUGUAAAGGGCCAGCUUGGAUUAAACUCGUUUGAGAAAAAAAAUAACCCGGUUGUAGUGGAGGGUAUUUGGAGCACACCAUAUAGAUUCCAUAAAGAAGCCGUCAGCGAAGCUCUGGGUAAUGCAAAUAUUUUCUAUUAUGAAAAUGACUUAAUGGAUGCACUGGACAAUUUUGAGGAAAUUCAGAAUGGACAUACGAAUACCAUCACAAGUAUAUAUGCAGGAGGAUUGCAGUCUUUUGCGCUUGUUGUACAUUCUAAUUGCACUUUACCGAAGUUUGAAUACCUCGUAUAUCGGGAUUCUUUACUAACCUUAACAAAAAAUGCUGUGGAAGAUAUUGUUAGUACUUUUCAAAAUAGAAGUGUUGCUGAGCAAAAAAGGGUUGUUAGUUUUAUCUCCACUGUAUUUUCCCACUCCUCAUGUUUAAAUGGAUCAUUUCUUGCUCGGGGAGAACAUGAGCAUACUGCAUGUACUACUCAUGGAAUUCACUUAAUGGCCAUGAAAAAUUGCUUUCAUAAGCUCUGUUCAAUUCAGGAGCUAAAUGACACGAUUUUGUCGGUGGUUCGAGAACGCUUAAUGCAAAACAUCACAAUCUUACCUGAUAUCGAGGCUAUGAGAGUUUUCAUAAUGAUACCUGAGCUGCCAUUUUUUCAUGAUAUGGACCUAAAAUGGCAGAUCAUUAUUCCAUUUGUCAACACUAUUAAUUUAUUACAGAAGGAGUCAUUGCAACUGCUAGAAAAAUGGUGGACAGUACUUCCAGCAACAUUUUUUGAAAGGCUUGUAGAGGCCUUUAGAAGGUGUGUCAUGGCAUUACUGAAUGAGAAGUUACCUGAACGGGCGAAUCAACUGAUCUUUACAUUGCACAGCGCGUUGAACACAACAAUGUGGGUGUUGGAGAAACUUAAUAAGAUCAACAACGAAGUUGAUUCUCAUAUUGCUUACACAACGUUCUAUCUACCUGGAUUAAUGAAACAAAUCGACAUGAAAAGUGACUACAUCAACUGGUUGCAACAACCGAAUGUGUUUUCAUUUUGUCAAUAUCCGUUUGCAUUAGAUGCCCCUGCAAAAGCAUACUUGCUUCAAAUCGAUGCUGAGCUUCAGAUGAAAGUCAUUGUUAACGAAACACACAUGAUGAACCUUACCGGUCUUGUGGGAGGUUUCAUCGACACGCCUAUUGAUCCAUUUCUGGUGCUUCGCGUGAGAAGGGACAAUCUACUUCAAGACACUUUGACGGAAGUUUUGAAACAUCACCCACAAGACUUUAAAAAACCACUAAAAAUUAAAUUCAAUAAUGAAGAUGCUGAAGAUGCUGGAGGUGUUAAAAAGGAAUUCUUCUUGUUGUUGAUGAGAGAGAUAGUAAAUCCAAAGUACGGUAUGUUCGACAUCUACGACGAAUCGAAAGUGUUAUGGUUCAAGCCAGGAACUUUUGAAGGUCCAGAGAUGUUUAUGCUGAUCGGUGUUAUAUGUGGACUGACCAUCUACAACUCAUUAAUAGUUGACUUCCCCUUUCCGCUGUGUCUGUAUAAGAAAUUGCUGAACAGAAAACUGAAGUUUGAUGAUCUUUAUGGCAUCCAACCAGACGUAGUUAGAAACUUGCAAUAUAUGCUUGACUAUCAGAAUGAUGAUUUUGAUGACGUAUUUGCAUUGAGUUUUCGAGUGGUCGAGUCGCAUUUUGGCCAUGCAACCACUGUUGACCUCAUACCUGAUGGUGACAACACACGAGUAACACAGGACAACAAACAGCAAUAUGUAGAUGCGUACGUCGACUAUAAACUCAAUACUUCCGUGCGUAGCGAAUACGAGGCUUUCGCGGAAGGAUUUCAUCGCGUGUGCGGUGGCAGAGUAUUGGAACUUUUUCAACCACAAGAACUCAUGGAAAUGGUUGUGGGUUCAAAUGAUUACGACUUAAAUGAUUUAGAAAAGAUCGCGGAGUAUAAAGGUGAAUACUACCGCCAACAUGCAGUCAUCAAAAAUUUCUGGCAAGUGUUUCAUAGUUCGACGUUAGACUGGAAGGAAAAAUUUCUGGCAUUUCUAACUGGCAGUUCUAAAGUAUCGAUUCUUGGCAUCGACAAUAUCAAGUUCAUCAUCCAACCAGUGUACGGUGGCGAAAUGUUCGAUAAACUUCCUGUGGCACAUACAUGCUUCAAUUUAUUAGACCUGCCGAAGUAUCCGACAAUAGAAUUGAUGAGGACUAAAUUGGAUCAAGCGAUCGAAAAUUACGAGGGAUUUGGUUUAGUGUAAGAUGUGUGUUAUUGCUUCUUUAAACACCAGAUAAAGACAGAUUUUUUUUAAAGUAUUUAAACAACGGAAAAAAAUAUCGUUGCUAAAUUUUGCAGUUAUUUGUUCUAGCAGUAUUGUUUUCACUGAUUUACUUCUACGGGCUUUUUAAUUGAUUGAAAACGACAUAACAGAACACGUGUUUUUUGUGAAUUUUUGUGAAUUGUUGCAUUUAAAAAAGCAUGUAUCCGAACGGAACUUCCUCAAAUUUGGAAUAAGGGUCUGCUUUAGUUAAUCGAAAAAAUGUUUGUUUUUUAAUUUGUAAAUUAUAUUGUUUUUUAAGAAAUAUAAAGAGCGUCAAUACAA